CAUUGCCCCGGGCUCUUCGAAGGAGAUGUCAGCGCAAAGCCAGGAAAAUAAGUCAAUGAAAAUGAGCCUGUCGCUAGCGCAUGCACCCCCGCAGCCUGGAGAAUCCACCAGCAGCCAAGUGUGUUUCUUAUUGCAGCGUUGAGUCACCAGCCAGACUGGCCCGAGGUGAGCCAGGCACAUCCGCGUUAGAACUCAGACACGCCUUCUUCUCACACAAACCUUCCCGAUCCCGGCCUCCAGGGCGGACUCCAGGGUGGUGCUACCAGCUCUGGCACUUGCAGUCCCGACAGGCAGAGGCUGGGGACUGCCCGGCCUUGCACCUAUCCGGAGCCACAGGUUGCGGACGCAGGGAGCCGAGCCCAUGACCGUGGCUCUGUGAGGCUGCCGGUGGCUGCUGGCGGGUCCCGGAGCUCCGGAAGGACCGGGCCCAGAAACCUCACACCAGCGCCCUCGCUGCCGCCGUUCCGUGGGCUGGCCCGCCAAGACCAUCACUAUGACUGAUGGAGACUAUGAUUAUCUGAUUAAACUCCUGGCCCUUGGAGACUCAGGAGUAGGGAAGACGACAUUUCUUUACAGAUACACAGACAAUAAGUUCAAUCCCAAAUUCAUCACUACAGUGGGAAUAGAUUUUCGGGAAAAACGUGUGGUUUACGACACACCAGGAGCAGAUGGGUCUUCAGGGAAGGCGUUUAAGGUACACCUGCAGCUUUGGGACACUGCUGGACAAGAGCGGUUCCGGAGCCUCACCACAGCCUUUUUCAGAGACGCCAUGGGCUUCUUAUUGAUGUUUGAUCUCACCAGUCAACAGAGCUUCUUGAACGUCAGAAACUGGAUGAGCCAGCUGCAAGCAAAUGCUUACUGUGAAAACCCAGAUAUAGUAUUAAUUGGCAACAAGGCUGACCUGCCAGACCAAAGGGAAGUCAAUGAACGGCAAGCACGGGAGCUGGCUGAAAAAUACGGCAUACCAUACUUUGAAACAAGUGCAGCGACAGGGCAGAAUGUAGAGAAGUCUGUGGAGACCCUUCUGGACUUAAUAAUGAAGAGAAUGGAGCAAUGUGUAGAGAAGACACAGGUUCUGGACACUGUCAAUGGUGGAAAUUCUGGAAAGCUGGAUGGUGGAAAGCCUGCAGAAAAGAAGUGUGCCUGCUAGACACUCAGAGGAACCAGUGGUGGAGAGCCAACCCAAACCCUCUGCCCUGAAACAGUGGCGAACCACAGCGUUGUUCUUGAGUAGGUCAUGAACAGUGGCAUGUCUUUCUCCUCCCACCCCAAUCUAUUUUAAUAAAGCCAAAUAGUCGAUAGUGUUAAAAGAACUGUACUGUUAACCUGACUCCCUUCCAAACCAAAAACAAUCAAAGUUUUCCUAAGGUGUUCUCACUACUGUGAAUGCUCAGUUGUAUUUUUAUAAACUUGUGUAUAUGAAAAGAAGUAUUAGUGAGUUUUAAAUGAAAGCACAUAUUACUGUCAACCUGGAGAAAGGAAUAGGCUAACUAAAAGGAGAAUAUGAAUGAGAAUUUGAAAGGAUGAUUUCUGUUUGCAUCUACUUGUGUGGAGCAUGAUUCAUACUUCUAUCUUUGCAUUGGGGAAGACAUAUUCCUAAAAAUGGAUACAUAGCAAAGACUUCUGUGUGGCUUAUUAAGGAUGAUUGUGUAUUCCCAAUAACUUGUACCAAGUGACUGAUAAGAUUGUGGGUGGGUAAAUGGUAGGCUUCUGUAGGAAACUGUGUAAUAGUGCCAUAUCUAUAUUCCUAAUAAAUAACAGAGAGACAAGAACAGGACUGUAGAUGGAGAAGUCUAAGGGACAUUCCCUGCAGGAAAAUGAAACAUGGGAAUAUGGCAUUUGAACAGGUUAAAUUAAUUACUUAGCCAAAUAUCACUGAAGCAGUUUACAAGCUAGUAUCACCAGUUGGGACUGGCAAUGCCUUUAGAGGCUACAAUUCAAAUGAUUUGAAACCUCAGCAUUGCUUCUGAUGGUGCCCAAGUUCACACUUUAUUUUUACUUUUUAUCAAAUUCUUUUGAGUCACAAGAAAAAAAAUUAAGCAUUUAUUGUAUAUAUAUUACAAAUGUAGUAAAGCAAACUUAAGAUUCAGUCUUAAAGUUUCUAAGUAUAAAAUUUGUUGGUGGUAGAAAACAAAGAGUGAUUAUAAGUUAUGGCUUUGGCUUCAUUUCAGAAAAGCGCUGGAAAUUCUAAAUUGUAUUUUCCCUCUAAGCCAUCUCACCCCUGCAUCGAAGCAGUUACAGAAAUGAAGGUGUGUUCAUAGAUCAAUAACUUCAAAAUAAUUAUGGACUAAUAACUAUGGUUGCCCUGAAUUUUCAUGGUAUCAAUCACAAAAAUAUGGUGAUGCUUCAUUCUUUAUUAUCAAGUCUUUACCUUGUCUGGAGAAAAAAACAAUAACUGUAGUUGAGAUGUACUUGAGGAAAUAGCCAAGAUGGAUCUGGGUUCCAUCUCACUAAAACUAUAGUCAGUUAUUUUUCCUGAAAUCUGUCUUUUCUUUCUAGAAUUAACCACAGAAUUAUUUCCCACUGACUUGUUGUUAUCACUGUAAAACCUCAUAUUGUAUUAGUUUUCCUAAUCUUCAUUUGUGGUACAUAUAAGUCAAUCUUAUCAAAGUGGCAUUUCAACAUGUUGAUCAAUUUUACCAAUAGCAAAAACAAUAUACUCUUAACAACGACAAAUUGUUUCCAAGCUUUCUGUUUUUAUAGUGAGCUUACCAUUUGUGAAAGGAUAAUUUCUCUUCCUUUAAAAUGUUUUCAACCUCAAACUUUUGCACACCUUGACUCCUUUAAAAGUAACAAACAUUGCAAAACAAAAUUCCAGUGCCACAGUCAGCCUCUUUCUGUUAACCUCCAUCUGAUGUAGAGUCAGUUUCAGCAACACAAACAGGCCCAAGGAUAUGUCUACAUAAACUGUUUUGAAGAGAAGUUGGAUCCAGAGUUGUGCCAACUAACCAACACGCUUCAGAAGCUUAGAUGGGAUUCGCCCUGGUACAGGUCUCAGUGUCCACAGCUCAGCACUCCAGCAUGUACUGUUGCCUCUAAGUUGGUAUUCCCUUCAAUUCCCAACAUCUGGGAUGCUCUUUAGGAUCACAGUGUCUGCACCAUAAAUGUAGAAAGCUAACAGUCAAUUUUUGUAGCAUGUCUUCUGGAAGGAAAGUGGAAAGAAAUGACCAUGGCUAUGACAAAAUCUGGUGAAUAUCUUGAGGUCAAUAUAUUUCUUAUUUUGAAUUGAAAUCAUACCAAUAUGAUGGUUGAGUCCUAUGAUGGUGAAAGAAUUUUUAGCUUUCCAUCUUUGAGUUUAUCGUUGUGUUCUAGUUACAUUUUUAGUUUGCUUAUACCGAGAUUAGCAAGAUUCUUUCAUCUUCAGAAUAAAGAUUUUUCAGAACCCAUUUUAAGAGCAUCAUUAAUAACUGUAGCAUGAAACAAAAGGGGCAAAGAUACCUGUAAAUAUGGGAAUGUGCUUAUAAGAGUAAUAGGUAUUGGAUAAUAAACUCAAGAGGGUUGACCUUCUAAACUGCCAAUGAAAAUAUUCUACUUACAAACACUUGGUCUAGAAAUAUUCCUGUCUGUAAACUUUGGCAUCUGACGUCGAAAUCUGUUUGAACACUGUUAGAAAUGUAUUCUCUUGUGAUUUCCAGAUUCUGGUUCUGUAUACUUCAUCAUAGAAUUGAUCUGGUGUCACGAACAUUCUACUUUAAAGAGCUGCAUAUCUCUUUUAUCCCACCACAACAUCUAUAUUUUUAGCUAAGAUGUCUUCUGUUAAUAAUGACCUCCCAAAUGCUUUUUAGUGAACUAUAUUGUAUUUUUGAGAAGUAUAUAUUGUAGGGACACUUCUUUCUGAUACCAGCCCACAUCUAGCGUGUUUACACUGGUUUUGAUGUUUACAGUGUCUGAACUCAGUGCCUCAAACACCUCUGUAACCAGUUCUGUCUCCAACCACAUAACUUGUUUUCUCUAAUCUUAGGUCUCUGAAGGCCCUCACAGAGACAAUAAUAUGGCAGAGAUCCAUCUGAUAUUGUUAGGAAAGGAUGUAAGAGCAUGAUUGGGAUCUGGAGAGCACUGCAAUCUGUUACUAUCAUGUCGCUGAUUAGAAAUGUCUUGAGAGUUAGCUACAAAUGGGUACAAUGCUAUUUUUAAUUUUAUACGAGAAUGCUCUUCUGAAAAAUAUACGAAACAGUGAAGAGAAGAUAAUUUGGUCUUGGUCUGCUUGUGGUAACAAGCCAUGACUAAGUGAAGAAAAUACUCUAUGUUGGGAAAUAAGCUUCUAUCUCUCUAUGAUGGUUUCAAGCUUCAUAAUUUACUAUGUUAGCCAAUUUCCUUUUAAUUUACUGCAAAAAAAAAUCCCACCAAAACUAGCAUUUUAAAGUUUAUCUGUUAAUUUUUAAUUGUCUGGGACAAUCUAUGCAUCAGUGGAUGACUCUAUUUUACUCUAAUGUUAUUGUUUGCCAAACUGUAUAGAUAACACGACUGGGAAGGGGUUAUUCUAAUCAAUGUUUUGUUGUCCUUUGUAUCAAAAAAAUAAAAUAAUGAAUUUGACUAUAAGUGACAACAUAAAAAUUCUGUAAUCACAGUCUCAUUACAAAGACAUUUAAGGUCCAGGUUGAGCCUACCAGGAAUUGGCAGAUUUUAUGAGGCUUUAUCUUUAUCUUCUCUGUAGUAUCCAAGGGCCCCAGUUAGAGGCAGCUCUGUGUGGAGAUACAGUGUGUGCUUAGACAAGGAACAACCGGAGCCCGCCUGUGAAGGGGACCAUUCACUCUUCUGUGCCUCUAUUCUCUUAAGAAAGAAAAAAAAUAUGCCUUCCUUGCUGUGUAUAACACCAAUUUUGAGGACAAACUGUCAUUCAUAGAGGAUUUUAUAGUUAUAUUCCAACACUCAACCUAUAAAGAAGUAACAUUUUGAGUCUCUGGUUCCCUGAACUGUGUAGUAACUUCAUAAAAAGUGUGGAGAUAUACAAACUCAAACAUAGGGCCCCUGAGUAGUAUGUUUGAGGACUUUGAUUUGGUCCUCAGGCAACAGCGAGGGAGUAGGGUUGAGGAGGAGCUAAUUUUAACCAAAGUGAUAGAAAACUUGAAUUUUGUCUUCUACUGCCAAGCUUUAUAAAGUUGAAAAUGGCCUAGUAAGUCUCAAUAUUUUAAAGAAAGCUUUAUCAGUCUUAAAGUUGCCAAGAAACUAGCCAUGGUUGCCUAAGAAUUUAGUCUAUUCUACUUCCUUCUUGAUAUUUGACCACAGUGAUGUCAGCUCAUUUCUGAGGUGACUUUGAAGAGCUGAGACAUGACAACUGAGCAUUAGGUAGUAAUCAAGUGUUAUUUCAAUGCUUGGAGCUGCCUGUCUCAUAGUGUAGAAAUCAUAAACACUGCUGGGCAUAGAAAAGACUUCAAAAUUACUGUCAUUGAAUUCUUGAAUGUGUCCAACAACAAUUACAUUAAUGAUCAAAUACUAUGAAUAUAAAUAAGAGUGAUAAGCUAGCAAAGUCAGGCCACUCAAUAUAGAAGAACAUGAAGAAGGCCAUAGGUUGACUUAGGUAGAGAAAGAAAACAUUUAUCAUUUUAAAACUAAAUCCAUGGAAAUAGUUCUUCAUUAUUCUUAUCUGCUUAGUAGAAUUUAUGCCCUUCUAACUACACAAAGAAAAAUAUAUGACUGCCAAACAUUUAAGGUACAUAGAAAUUUUUUAUUUUGUUUUUUUUUUUGUUUUUGUUUUUACUUUUGUUUUGAGAAAGGGUUUCUCUGUGUAGCCCUGGCUUAUCUGGACUCACUUCGUAGACCAGGCUGGCCUUGAACUCAGAGAGAUCUGCCUGCCUCAGCCUUCCUGAGUGCUGUGAUUACAGGUGUGCACCACCAUGCCUGGCUGAAAUAUUUUAUUUACUGCAUAUGCAUAUGAUUUUCUUAAUAAAGCAUACUUUUCAAGCAGUAACAUUUAAAGACUUUACUGCAGCUUUUUUUUGUACCAACAGUUUAUGACUGAGAUGUUUUGUAAUUUCAUAUAUGAAAAGAUUAUUAACAAAAAAUUAAGGAGCAACCAACCAAUAUUAAACAGUACCAAAAUGGUGGAACCAUUUAAAAGGAUGCCAAUUUUUUAGGGAUCACCUAUAGUUUAAAUUUGCUUUUCUGCUUCCUUUCUGUGAGGUCGUGAGUGUUGUGGUUAGCACCUCUCAGCUGACUUGAUUUCUCAAGAUCUUUAGUAAGUAUUACAGGAGCCAGAUUAUCUGGCCUUCACUAAAUGGGGCCCCUAUUUAACCAGCAACUGUUGUCCUCACGUCAAACACUGUAUAAUAAGGGGCUCAGUAAUGUAUGCUUAUCAUUUCAGUCCAUGUGAUUCUUGUUCCCAGAUGCUCUUUAAUAGAGAAAGGGAAAUACCCAAAAAUGACAACUUAAGGACCAUGUGGCUUAACAAACUUUAAGUAGCUCAUAAGAUUCAAAAGAAAAGUACCACAGAAACUGGUUCCUUUCAUAAAAAGACACCAUUAGCAUAAAUUAAGAAUAAUAAAUUUGCUCCUAGGUUGGGUCACUUGUCCUGAUAAGAUGUAUAGCAGGGCCAUCACAGUAAGGGUAUUAGGACUGCUAAAUGGACAGGAAGUCACCUUCAGGUUGCUGCAUUUGAUUGACCAUGUAUAGUGUAUCUUACUGUUGAAAAAAUAUGAACUCUGUUUCAAUUAAUGUGUCAUCUUGUAUUUCUUUCAAGGAAAUUUAUUAUGUUCUAUGUAGGAUAUUACAAGUUGGUUAAAAUCUCAUGUACAAAUAAAAUUUCAUGUCUAAAAGACUCUUGUAUUUGAACGUAAGAAAAAGUAAAUUAUCCUGCUUUACAUUACGUGCUGAGAGUAGACUUUCUCACAACACUGACGUGCUCUGUGGUAUCUCAAGAGCUUAUCUUCCGGUAACACCAUCCAUCUUUUUAACCUGAGCAUGUUUGUUUCAUCUGCUUUCUAUACUGAUCCCAGUGUUGUCUAAUGCUUUAAGUGUAACUUAAGACUUUGAGUGUGAUGAUUCAAUGUGUUCCUGAACAGGCUGUGGUUCCUGACAAACACUGUCAGGUCAUUGCUUGUAUCAAUGUUCCAGUGGCCUCAGAAAUCAUAGCAUCCCAUGAUUUUGUGGUGUCCGGGUUUGCACAGUACUGUUGACAACUGUACCUAGUGAUUGUUACUGCACACUUUUCCAAUAAAAACAUGUUUUUAUCAA